AUGGAUCUCCACCUCUCCCGGAUUCUUCUCCUUCCCCUCCCCUCAAAUCCGGCCCCGAAACAGCAAGGGAAUAAGAAAGAAAACCCCACUCAUAUGGAAAAGCAAUUAGAAUCCACGCAAGGGUCGGGGCCUGGAUUGUCCCGAGAAGAUAUUGAGGCUGCCGACGCCCACUCGCCCGGACGCAAGAGAAAAUCAUCCGGCCCAAUACCGACAUCAACUCAAAAAAAUGCCGUCACCCGUCAGAAGAUCACCCGGGCUUGUGACUCGUGUAAAGUCAAAAAAACGAGAUGCACCGGCACCUUGCCUUGCACAAGAUGCACUCGGCUCUCGCUUGCUUGUGAAUAUAAUGCUGCUUACUCGAGAGGGUUGCCCCCCGAUCCCUUGCCGGGGUCACUUUCGACACCUGGUGAUGAGGUUCGACGCCGGGUCUCGGAUGCCGGGCGUUUAUCUAGCGGGUCCCGGUCUAGGGGGAAUACGGGGAAUCUGAAUUCUAAUUCAGAUCCGAGUUCCGAUAUCAGCUCAAGUUCAAAUCUGCCCGUUGGUGGUAGUAAUGUCUUGAGUAGUAAUUAUCGGGAUACGGUGGGACUGCAGCGCCAUGCCGCAGUGGUUUCUUUACGGAACUCACCCGAGCCAGGCUCCACGGAUUUUGAGGGUAACUAUCUCGGUCCUGCGUCUGGGAUCUCAUUUAUCAAUCGUGUCUGGAGUCGGUUGCAUCAUGAUGAACGUACGCGUAUCCCGGAUGAGCUGCAGAAUGAGUCUUCUAAAAAUACGGCCGUCUUUAUGUUUGGAGAUAAGCCGUAUACUUAUCCUGAGAACUCGGACUUUGCCCUCCCGCCCUUUGAGAGGGCUAUGGAGCUGGUAGCUAUCUAUUUUGAUUUCUCAAUGGUCACUUAUCGGUUUUUACACCGAUUGAAUGUAGAGGGUUGGGUCAAACAGAUCUAUGAGAAUAAUAUCUCUAUAUCGAACCUGCCUGUUGGAAACAUGGUUGCCCGGACGGCGAUUGUGCUGAUGAUAUGUGCCGUGAGCACCCUUCAUCAAGAUCUUGAAUCGGAAGCCGUGGCGGAAGCGCAUAGCAAAAGCGAGCAUUGGUUUACGGCUUCCAAGUAUCUGUCCUCUUUGGAGUCGGGCCCUCCACGGCUAGAGACUAUUCAAGUACGACUUAUUCAGUGUCUUUAUCUUUUGUCAUCCUCGCGGGCCAAUGAAUGCUGGUACUCGUUUGGAACUGCAUUGCAAGUUGUGACAGCUCUUGGACUACAUCGAAAAUGGCCUGCUAAGAUGCCCAAAAAUGGAUGCUCAUCUCUCGAGUUGGAGCUUCGGAAACGCAUAUUCUGGAGUGUAUACACUCUGGACAAAUAUCUCAGCAUCAUGUUUGGGCGACCUCGCCUACUUCAUGAUGAAGACAUCGAUCAGGAAUUGCCAGAUGAGACAAAUGACGAGGAUCUACUGGAGGAAGAUCCUAUGCGGCGAACUGGCGUCACAGAUAGUAUGAUGAUUGCCUCCGUUCUUCAUUACCGACUCGGCCGCAUUUUAGGGGAAAUCUCCCGUCAACUUUACAGUAUCAACCCUCUUUCCCGUGACUCUCCAUUGGACACUGCCGUCCGCCUCACAUCUGAACUAGAGAGAUGGAAAGAAAGUGUCCCACCCCUCUUCAAUAGCGUCCAACCUACCAGUCUAAUCCCACCACUAUGCCGCCAAAGCCAAGUCCUCCAGCUAGCCUACUCCCACGCCAUGAUCCACGUCACCCGCUCAUUUCUCCUAAGCGACUUCACCGACUUAAGUCGCAGACCCCGAGACUCCCACUCAAUGGUCAGCACCUAUGUCCAAAAAUGCAUUCAAGCAGCUGAGAACACCAUGAGCCUAAUGGACAGCCUCGCCCAACGAAGCGUCUUCAUCCAAUCCCUCUGGUUCACCCAUUACACAGGCUUCUGUGCUAUCCUAGUCGUCUACAUCUACAUCAUCCAGCAGCACCGCCAAUCUACGGCCCCGAGUCCAUCUGUUGGGAGUCCUGCAGACAUGGACAGAAUGCAGUACCUGCUUGCAUUGGCGGAAACAUGUCAGCAGCAUCUUGCAGAGGCGACACGGAAGAAUUGUCCUAGUCGACGAUAUAGUAUUAUUCUUGAAGAGCUGAGGCGGGAGGUUCAUAGGCAGAUGGGCUCGGAUGAUUCGAAUAGUCUUGCUCCGACUCCUCUUGUGUUGAAGUCGACUCCCCGUCCGCAGGUUCUAAGCUCCGGUGCUACAAAUGGUGUUGAUCACCCUCUCCAAUUUGAUGCGAGAAGUCUUGACUUUGCGAGUAUGCCGGCUAUGCUGCAGCCACCCGAACUUGGCAUUAAUCCUGUUGAGGAUGCUGGACUUCUGGAGAAUCUUGAGGGGUCGGUUUGGUGGGCUCAGCUGGAUUCAUGGGCUCUGUCUAGUUUUCCGAAUGAACCAUCUGGAUUCAGUUUUUAG